GAUUUUCACUUUCUGUUACGUGAAAAACUAGUCCCCGUACUCGAUCACUGGAUCGGGGUUACGCUUCCACGAAGAAUAUCAACUGGAACCGAGAGGAAUAAAAAGUGGCAGCUCAAAUGCCAAAACCUUCACCUUUACGCGAGAUACGGAUAUUGCGCGAGUACUCGAUACUCGGACCAUGGUGAUGUGGUUGGAUGCGGGAAUGGACGAUCCGCCUGUGGUGUUGAGUUUCAUAAAAUAAAAAGUGCUACUGUAAUUGAAGUUCUGGAGAAAAAAAAUGAGUGCUUCGAAUAGAGACAUCCAGCGAUUUCGAUAGGCUGUUACUUAACACGGGUCAUGUUGGACGUAUACGCGGUUGUACUGGACAAAAAAUAGAAAAUAUGCAAAGCGAAAGAGUACACGAGAAGGCAAACAGAGAGAAACACUGUAUUUACGGCCACGAAAAUUUUGUCUUCGUUCACAUUCAAAUAGUGCACACACAAACGGUACAGCGAGUGGAGGAUAUUUGGAAACCUGAGGCUGAAAAAAAUUUAGAAAGAUCGAAUGUGCUCAAACAUAAUGUACUGAUCGAUUUUCUAUUUUCUCGCCUUGAAGAAAUGGCGACAAAAUUACUCAAUUUUACAAUCCGUGCGUUCCAUGGCUUUCGCAGUUUGUGAAAUUUUGUGAUUUCAAUUGCUGUGCCAAGUGCUUUCCAAAUCCUAUUUUGCUUUGAAACCAUUCACUCAAUCACAAUUGAAACUUUAAAUAUAUUUUUACGCGGGACUGAAACAUACAGAAAAGUUUUCUAGGUUUCAAUACAGAUAUAUGAUUACGAGAAAUGUUGAUGUAAAGAGCGAGAAAAAUAGUGAAAGGAAUUGAAUGCGCGGGAAAGACGAAUCGCGAAAAUAGUGCUUCGUUCAGAAUACUAGAGGAGAUAGUUAAACUGUAUGCAAUAUACCGAAGUGGAUUACUGAGAAGCUUGCCCGACGGGAAGAGCUUUCGGCGUAAGGAUCGAUCGCCUGACGACACCGGAAUAAGCUAAAUCCUUUAAGUUCCAGGAUAACUGCAAGGCGCGUUUGCCGAGAGGAUGUCUGCUAUCAGACAUCGCCCUCUGGCAGCACAGAACGAGAGCGAUGACAACUUCUCGGAUGACGAAAGUACCCCGCUAACCCAGGAAAUCUAUGGAGGAAGCCAGCGCACCGUACAGGAAACGAAAGGAUGGGACGUCUUUCGAGACCCUCCGAUCAAGGAGGACACCGGCUCGAUGGCCGACACGGCCUGUCUCGAGAUGAUGAUCAAAAUCAUGAAAAUCCUAGCAUACCUCGUCACUUUCGUGAUCGUGCUAACCGGUGGCGUGGUUGCCAAAGGGAGCAUCCUUUUUAUGUCCUCACAGCUGCGACGGGAUCGUAAGAUCACCUACUGCAACAGAGACCUGGCCCGAGACAAACAGUUCGUGGUGUCACUGCCCGAGGAAGAACGGAUAGCAUGGAUGUGGGCGAUAAUGAUAGCAUUUUCGGUCCCCGAGAUCGGUGCCUUCAUUCGAUCCACCAGAAUAUGUUUCUUCAAAUCGAUGAAGAUGCCACUGAAAUCUCACUUCCUACUGGUGUUCCUGAUGGAGUCAUUCCACACGAUCGGUUUGGUGCUUUUGUUUUUCGUUGUCCUGCCGGAAGUUGACUCAGUGAAAGGAGCCAUGUUGACCAAUUGCCUCUGCGUGAUACCGGGAAUGCUCGGACUUUUCUCACGAACAAAUAAGGAAGGAAAGCGUGCCGUGAAAACAAUCGUAGAUCUGGCAGCUCUCGCAGCGCAAAUAACUGGCUUCAUUGUGUGGCCAUUACUGGAAAACAGACCUAUGCUAUGGAUGAUCCCUGUUUCAGCAGUGCUAAUUUCAUGCGGCUGGUGGGAGAACUAUGUCUCAGCGCAGAGUCCAUUCGGCUUUAUCCGAUCGAUGGGACGCGUCAAAGAAGAUCUUAAACAGACACGCUACUUCACCUACAUGUUGUUGUCAAUCUGGAAAAUUAUACUAUUUUUCUGCUUCGUUUUAGUGAUUCUAUUCAUACAAGGCAAUGAGGUAGCAAAUCUCUUCACCAUGUUUGGUAUCGGUUUCGGUCCGCACAAAAUCGUCGUGGAGGAAGUAAAUGUGGCAUUCAGUUCGGCUCUUCCAGAUCUUGUCGAGGCAUCACAAGCCGGUGACACUAUAGAUAUUGACGCUUCGUACAAUACGGUCGUCUAUGUGUUGAUAAUCCAAAUUUUGGGUGCAUAUCUCUGUUACAUUUUCGGCAAGUUCGCCUGCAAGAUCCUGAUUCAAGGAUUCAGCUACGCGUUUCCAGUGAAUCUCACGAUCCCAGUUUCAAUUUCCCUCCUAAUUGCCGCCUGUGGAAUCAGAAAUGAUGAUCCAUGCUUCUUCCAUGGUACAAUCCCGGACUAUCUGUUCUUCGAGAGUCCUCCAGUGUUCAGGUUGAGCGACUUCGCUUCCCGGCAGAUGGCCUGGGCCUGGUUGCUGUGGCUUCUCUCGCAAACCUGGAUCACACUGCACAUCUGGACGCCAAAGUGCGAACGUUUGGCCAGCACUGAGAAACUUUUCGUUACUCCGAUGUACAACGCACUGCUGAUCGAUCAAUCGAUGGCAAUGAACAGAAGGCGCGAUGAUCAAGCAGAUGUCAAGACGGAAGAUUUAGCUGAAAUUGAGAAGGAGAAGGGUGACGAGUAUUACGAAACUAUUUCGGUUCACACGGACGGCUCGGCACUUCCGAGACCAAGUGUGAAGUCCUCCGAUCACAUUACAAGAAUCUACGCUUGUGCGACACUGUGGCAUGAAACGAAGGAGGAGAUGAUGGUGUUUUUGAAAUCGAUUAUGAGAAUGGAUGAGGAUCAGUGUGCAAGACGGGUAGCGCAGAAGUAUCUGAGAAUUGUGGAUCCGGAUUAUUACGAAUUUGAGACUCACAUUUUCUUCGAUGACGCGUUCGAAAUUUCCGAUCACAGCGAUGAUGAUAUUCAGUGUAACCGAUUCGUGAAAAUUCUAGUGGACACCAUCGAUGAAGCUGCGUCAGAGGUUCAUCAGACCAACAUACGAUUGCGACCACCGAAAAAAUACCCAACACCAUACGGAGGACGGUUGGUGUGGACUUUGCCCGGAAAGACCAAACUUAUCUCACAUCUUAAGGAUAAAGAUCGCAUUCGACAUCGUAAGCGUUGGUCUCAGGUCAUGUACAUGUACUACCUUCUCGGACAUCGUCUCAUGGAACUACCGAUUUCGGUCGAUCGUAAAGAUGUUAUGGCUGAAAAUACUUAUCUACUAACACUGGACGGAGACAUCGAUUUCAACCCGAGCGCUGUCACAUUACUGGUGGAUUUGAUGAAGAAAAAUAAGAAUCUGGGAGCCGCUUGUGGACGCAUUCAUCCCAUCGGAUCCGGUCCUAUGGUGUGGUAUCAGAAAUUCGAAUACGCUAUUGGUCAUUGGCUGCAGAAGGCCACCGAACAUAUGAUUGGCUGUGUACUUUGUAGUCCUGGAUGUUUUUCUCUUUUCAGAGGUAAAGGUCUGAUGGACGAUAAUGUUAUGCGUAAAUAUACCACCCGUUCCGAUGAAGCUCGGCACUACGUACAGUACGAUCAGGGAGAGGAUCGUUGGUUAUGUACGCUACUUUUACAGAGAGGUUAUCGUGUCGAAUAUUCAGCUGCUUCUGAUGCGUACACUCACUGCCCGGAAGGAUUCAACGAGUUCUACAAUCAACGUCGUCGUUGGGUUCCGUCCACCAUCGCCAAUAUCAUGGAUCUGCUUAUGGAUUAUAAACGAACGAUCAAGAUUAACGACAACAUCUCGUUGUUGUACAUCUUCUACCAAACGAUGUUGAUGGGUGGUACUAUCCUUGGCCCGGGAACGAUUUUCCUUAUGUUGGUGGGGGCUUUCGUCGCUGCGUUUAAGAUUGAUAACUGGACUUCGUUCUAUUACAACAUCAUACCCAUAUUAUUGUUCAUGUUGGUCUGUUUCACGUGUAAAUCAAACAUACAGCUGCUCCUGGCGCAGAUUCUGUCUACGGUAUAUGCCCUUAUCAUGAUGGCAGUCAUUGUCGGUACGGCAUUGCAGUUGGGCGAGGACGGUAUCGGAAGUCCAUCGGCUAUUUUCUUGAUUGCAAUGACGGGGUCGUUCUUCAUAGCAGCGUGUCUUCAUCCGCAGGAAUUCUGGUGUAUCGCAUCUGGUAUAAUCUACCUGCUUUCCAUUCCAUCUAUGUAUCUGCUGUUGAUUCUUUACUCGAUCAUCAACUUGAACGUGGUCUCCUGGGGAACCCGUGAGGUUGUGGCGAAGAAGACCAAAAAAGAAAUGGAACAAGAGAAAAAAGAAGCAGAGGAGGCUGCCAAAAAGGCGAAACAAAAGUCUCUACUUGGGUUCCUCCAGGGUGGUACUGGAUCCAACCCCGACGAGGAAGGAUCCAUUGAGAUUUCCAUCGCCGGACUGUUCCGUUGUUUGCUGUGUACUCACGGCAAAACAACCGAUGAAAAGGCCCAGCUGAUUCACAUUGCUGAAGCACUCGGAGACAUCACGAAGAAGAUCGAAACGCUGGAGAAACACAUAGAUCCACACGGACAUCACAAUCGGAAGCGCACAGUGUCAUCCGGAUCGAAGGAAAAUCAUCUUGGAUCGGUUGCUGAAGACACCGAAGAAGACGACGAAGAAUCGGAAUCGGAAACAUCCACUCUGCAGAGAAAUGAACGCGAUUUCCUAACCAAUCCCUAUUGGAUAGAGGAUCCUGAUCUGAAAAAGGGAGAAGUUGACUUCAUCUCUAGCACCGAGAUACAAUUCUGGAAGGAUAUGAUUGACCAGUAUCUGUACCCAAUCGACCAGAAUAAGGAGGAACAGGCACGUAUUGCACACGAUCUGAAGGAACUGCGUGAUUCGUCCGUUUUCGGAUUCAUUAUGAUUAAUGCCCUCUUCGUACUGAUAGUAUUCUUGCUUCAGUUGAACAAAGAUCACAUUCACGUCAAAUGGCCGUUGGGUGUUAAAACUAAUAUCACCUACGACGAAGCAACGCAGGAGGUUCAUAUCUCGAAGGAAUACCUCCAGUUGGAACCGAUCGGAUUGGUGUUUGUGUUCUUCUUCGCGUUGAUUCUUAUAAUCCAGUUCACCGCUAUGUUGUUCCAUCGUUUCGGCACUCUGUCCCAUAUUCUUGCCUCCACCGAGCUCAACUGGGGCUGCAAUAAGAAACCCGAGGAGCUCUCACAGGAUGCACUAAUAGACAAGCACGCGGUGGAGAUCGUCAAGAAUCUUCAGAGGCUCCAGGGUAUAGAUGGAGACUAUGAUAACGACUCUGGCAGCGGACCGGAUAGAAUAGCGCGCCGGCGAACGAUCCAGAACUUGGAGAAGGCACGCCAGCCGCGGCGACAGAUUGGUACGCUGGACGUGGCCUUCAAAAAACGUUUCCUCAAAUUGACGGCCGACGAGAACAACAGCGGAACGCCAAUCCUAACACGAAGAAUGACGAUGCGCCGGGAAACUAUACGCGCCCUGGAGGUACGCAAGAACUCGGUGAUGGCCGAGAGGCGGAAAUCACAGAUGCAGACGCUAGGGGCUAACAACGAAUAUGGAAUAACUGGAGUCACCAACACGAAUAAUAAUGUACCGCCGCGUCCCACGCGAAUUUCGAACGCUGGAGUUAGCGUGAAGGAUAUCUUCAAUGUCAAUGGAGGACCUGGUGGUGAAAUCUACGGUGUGACGGGGCAAGUCAACCAAGCCUACGAACCGGUGAUUGAAGAUGACGAUCGCAACUCUCUGAGACUGCAAACUCGCAAUCAAGUCACAUGGAGCAACAACAACGGGCGUCUGUGAUAGAAGUUUUUCGGUGAGAUCGAUACACUCCCGUUUUGGAUGUGUUCCUAGGGAUAAGAAACGAAUUGGAAGAGAUGGAAGAUGAUUCAAUCGAAAACGUGUAAACUCAUUUUUCACAGUUUAACUCAAUGCUAACUGCUUCAGUUGAAAAAAAAACAAACAACUGCCCUUUUUUGUACAACAGAGGAAAAAACAUUUGACUAUUAUGAACUGCCAAUUGAUAUACUCACGUUUCGAAACUUGACCAGAAGGAUCAUCUUCGAACGAAGCAAUACUCAAUAGUUUAAACACUAACGUAGCAUUAAAUGAAAGAAGAAAAAACAUAAAAAACAACUCUUCUAUUUCGAUUCGAAAAGAUUGAGCUAAAUCUAAUGCUUUGGGUUGAAUGAAAAAAUUAUUGAAACGUUGCAAAUGAAACUGAUUUCGAGUCGCCUAUAACAUAUUUAUUUGUGUAAGAAUAAAGUCAAUUUUAGGCCCCAUACUUCUUUCGUUUCCGACCUUCACAAACAAGUGCAACGACUACUAAUAUAUAUCUUAUUGUAAAUAUGCCUAUCAUUUCAUUGAAAUUAUGUUAUUUUCCCCGGUACACUUUUUUUUGUAUAUCACCCAUGUUUUGUCAAACGAAGGUUUUUUUUAGUAAAUCUCAAAAUUUCUGCGAUACAGAAUGAAAAAAAUAUUAUACAUAUUUUUACGGUA